AUGCACUUCAAGUCUAAUGAAUACCUGUAGCAGAUUAAAUACAUUGGACGCCGUUUUCCCUCUUACCAUUACUGCGAACGCGAACUUACUUUCGUUUCAAUAUGAUGCACAUGUAAACCUAUUAAAUUUUCCUUUUGUUUUGGAACAGGACCCCUUCUUUUUAUCGCGUGUGGCCCCUGGGAGGCGUUAGCAACCGAUAAAUGCCGGGAUUCCUUUCGGGGUUUGAACCAGUUAGGCCACCAUACAAACAAACUAGUGUAACAGUGACGUAAACCAACCCGUGUGUUUGCAGUGCUGAACUGCUAAGUAGCCGGCUAGCAAACGUUAUUCCUUCUACAUUCAUGCCAGCCACCUUACUGUUUAGACAACGUGAAUUCUCUGUAGUAGAAAAGAGUUUCUGAUCUUAUUUGCAUGUUUAAGUAGUAUGGAGGUUGAAAAUACAUUCAGACAAUGGAAGAAACAGUGUUUGAACAAGAUGGACUUCAGCAAGAAAGGAAGUGUUGAUGAAGACAUUGAAAACAUUGUUAGUAUGUUAAACGAUUCUGAGAAGUAUUUUACAACGAGCUCCUGCUCCGGACGAAUAAUAGUUAUAGACGGGGUUUCGGACUCUCUGGAUGUGCAAAAACAGGACUGUUCCUGGCUUUUUGUCACUCACCAGAAAUGCCAGAAGAUGGAUUUGGUCUCGGCUUUGGAGAGGUCGUCAGGAGAUGUCAUCUUUAAGUUUGAACCCUUUGUUCUUCACGUGCAGUGCCGACAGCUGGAAGAUGCCCAACUUCUGCAUUCUGUGGCAAUAAAUUCCGGCUUCAGAAACUCUGGAAUAACCGUUGGCAAGAAGGGUAAAAUAAUAAUGGCUGUGCGCAGUACCCACUGCCUUGAAGUUCCACUCAGCCAUAAAGGACAGGUCCUGGUGAGCACGGACUACAUGGAGUUCUUGGUGGAGGUAGCCAAUCAAAAAAUGGUAGAAAACCUCAGAAGAAUAGAAAGAUUCUUUGAAUGCUUGCAGUCUGCAGUGCGUCAUGAUGACCCUCAUUGCAAGAGCACAGACGUUAAGGAGGAGAAAUCGGUGUACAAGAGACGACGGAAAAGGACACAGGAUGGUGGAGGGCAGGCCUGUCAGAGUAACAAAGACUCCGCCCUCAGUGAAGAGGAUAGUGGGCUUGGUAAUGGAAUGGACCUGUUCACAUAGGCACUCUCCAAUUUGGCCUUCCACCGUAGACAGUGAAGCAUUACAGCCUGAAAUCUGUGUGGGAGAAAACCUGUGGAUUGUUUUUUAUAUGUCGGUAUUCAUGUGUUGCCUGAAACCCUACAAAAGGAAUUUGUUUUAUUUGGGUUCACUUCACAGUUCAAAAAGAGACCUCAAUGCAUUCAGUGGGAAUGUUUUUAAAAGAUACUAAACACAGAAUACGUAAAGAAAAAAGUUUUUUUUUUUUUUUUUUAAACUAUAAAGCUUCUUGCAUCAUCCUGCCAUGAUGUCAUUUAUUUAACUUGACAAUGGAAGCUUUUCUGCAAGUACAUUUGAACAUUUUUUUUAGUCUAGUUCAGUGCCAAAGGGGGAGAGAGUGUCGCAUCACAUCACAGUGAUGUCACUCAAAACUCCUCAGGAGGCAUGGAGCUUGCAUGCGUUUCAUAGCUGGGGAAAGCUGUGUUUAUUUUUUUUAAGUGCCUUCAUUCCACACUUUCCUCCAGGAAAUAUAGAAUUACCGUUCUGAAAUGCACUCUGAGGGUUGGACUUAGAAGAAUUCAGGUGGUUAAUAUGGAAGCUUUCAGAAGACCGCAGAUGGGAAAAUAUGGGUUUCUGCCACAUCAAAUAAGAGCGUGAAAAUUGCACUGUUAAUGUCAUCAAAACGGGUGGAACACCCAGCAACCACUCCUGUCAACAGAGCAAAAGACCUUACUGCCAGUGUACACAUAUUAUACCUUGGUUUCUGGUACCAGUGCCAUCUUAUUCAACAAAGAGCUGCACUUUGCUGACACACAAGACAGUAUUACUCAACAAGGUACAGUCAUUUUCCACGGUUUAAUUGGAACCUUUAUACACGGACACAUGGUUACAAUAGUUUCGUCAAAAAAUUGGAACCCUCAGUGCAAAAUAAGAUGUUUUGCUUUGGCAAGUAAGUGUAAGCAAACAGAACCCACUUCCCUCUUGGAUCUUUUGAUUCAACCUCCUUUGAUUAUGAGCGCCAGUGUAAAAACAAAAAGCUGUUGUUUUUCAAGCGGAUAAAAAUCUGUUUCCGUUUAAGCCGUACGGUUCCCCUCAGCCUUGCUGUGUGUGAAGCUGAUGGGCCGUUUGCCUGUGAAGAGAGAUACUCCGUCUUUCAUUACCGCUCAGCGUAACGUCAAAACGCCGUGCAUUAUUCAUCUCUGACAAGUUGCUUGGUCUUCGGCAAUAAACUCGAUGUUAAAAUUG